UCUGAUUAUUGAUAACGCCCAUAGCGAAGACCGACUCUGCCGACCGAUCGCAAGACGCCGACUCGAGGUCUUUUGAUGUUUCCAUCAUCCAUGUGACUCAUUUUAUCCCAGACCUGUGGCAUUGGGGACUGUGUACAUACAAUUGUCGCUUGUAUUUAGUACUUCUCAGAAACACAUCUUCGUCCAAUCAGCCGGAACAAAACACCAAAACACCAAGACAUAUUUGGGCAGAUCUCCCAAAAGAUGGCAGAUGACACAUUCGAGCGUCCAGCUCACGAAACCAUCGUUGUCCCGGCGGUUGGUCAGGAAGGCCACAAAGAACUCCAGGCGCAGUGCAUUGGCGUCCGAAUAGAAGUUUUUGUGCAUGAACAAGGAUUUCCGCUUGACGUGGAAGUUGACGAGUACGUUACGCUUAUCCGAUUUCAUCUUUAUAUCGUUAUCUCUUUUCCUCAAACCUUCUCUUACACCUAUAGGAACAAUACG